GUUACUUGGAAAAAGGAUUAAAAUAUUAAUAACCAAAUCGAAAUCUGAUACUUUACACAUUCGAAGUCAAACAAAAUAAUAAAAAUGAAUGUGUAACAAAUAUAUUUUUUUCCCCACGAAGAAUCCACUUUUAGUAUUAACUAAACUCGAUCAGUAAGUAAUCCGUCUAUAUAAAUGUGGAGGCUUCCCAAAACAAAACAAAACAAAAAAGAUCUCAAAAUAUGGAUAGUCACAAAUGGAGUCUAGGUUUCACAUUACUUGCUUUCCUCUUCAUCACUUCCUCUUCCGCUGAGCUCAUCAUUAAACAGGUCACACAGGGCAGAGGAAUAGAGUACAACAACUCUUACAGUCUCACGUCGAAUCUUGGAGUGACGACAAGAGAGUUGAGAGACGAGCGACCAUCAAGUAAGAUAGUGACAAUCACAAGCUUCUCUGUGAUUAAGGACAGAGGAGAACCCUAUGAAUCAUCUAUUUUUGAGGCUGCCGGUUACAAAUGGAGAUUAGUUUUGUACGUGAAGGGUAAUCCGAAAGGCGGUAUAAAUAAUCAUAUUUCACUUUACGCGAGGAUAGAAGAGACAGAAACUCUUCCAAGAGGGUGGGAAGUGAAUGUUGAUCUCAAACUCUUUGUCCACAAUCGGAAGUUAAAGAAAUAUUUGUCUGUUACAGAUGGAACAGUGAAGCGAUACAACGAUGCAAAAAAAGAGUGGGGAUUCACACAAUUGAUUUCUCUUCCAACAUUCUACAACGCGAACGAAGGGUACCUUGUGCAGGACACAGCUUCUUUUGGUGCUGAGAUCUUCAUCGUUAACCCGACAGAAAAACAAGAGAAAGUCACAUUCAUAUCAAACCCUCCAGACAAUGUUUUCACUUGGAAGAUACUUCGUUUCUCUACCUUGGAAGAUAAAUUCUAUUACUCUGAUGAUUUUCUUGUUGGAGACCGAUACUGGAGACUAGGAUUUAACCCGAAAGGAUCUGGUGGAGGAAGACCACAUGCACUUCCAAUCUUCCUAUAUGCUCAAGGCCAUAAGGCAAACGCAGUUGUUACAAACACUUGGGGAGCGGUUAAUCUGCGGUUAAAGAAUCAACGAAGCUCCAACCACAAACAAUUAUAUUCUGCAGCUUGGUACCCGAUUCGAAGCGAUUAUGGUGUGGGAGUGAACAAUAUAAUAUUGAUGUCAGAGCUAAAAGAUGCAUCAAAAGGGUAUAUGGUGAAUGAUGCCAUUAUCUUUGAAGCUGAAAUGGUUAAGGUCUCUGUGACAAACAUAGUCUCCGUUUAAAUAUCACUACUUCUUUUUCAACAACAACCUUACGAAUAAAGUGGACUUUGAUGAGUUUAAUUUGUUAUACGACAACGUUGUUGAUGCUUGUGAUGUAAUCGUUGUUUCUGCUCUCCGAGUUUUCGUUUUACUUUUUUUUUCAUGUUUUGCUAUCAAUGAAAUAAAGGUAUAAAACUCUCUUGGUUUUAAAGUAUUUUAAAGAUCCAUGUUAGGGAAAGCUGGAAGGUUAAAUUACAAAAAUAAACUCAACCAUUGGAAAACAUUUUUUAUAGCCAAAUUCAAACAGAAGUGCAGGAUCAAUAGACAAA